AUGGAAUUUUCAAAAUCUUCCGAUAUUCACGGUUUAGUUAAAACUAUCAAGGAAGAGUUGUUGUUAGACGACAGCAUCGAUCCCUAUUCGUUUAUUGCACCUUCUGCUUAUGACACUGCGUGGUUAGCCAUGGUUCCGGAUACGUCCGAACCAUGUCAACCCAUGUUCAAGAAUUGCUUGGACUGGGUGCUCAACAACCAGAAAGAAGAAGGGUUCUGGGGAGAGUAUGAUGGCCAUGGCAUGCCCACUAUUGAGUGCCUUCCCGCAACUAUUGCUUGCAUGAUUGCACUCAAAAAGUGGAAUGCCGAAGAAAUGAUAAUUAAUAAAGGUAUGGCCUUUAUUGAAGAAAACGCAGAGAAGCUUAUUGGAGAAAUAUAUGACUAUAAUUGUCCUCGUUGGUUUACCAUCGUUUUCCCUGCAAUUGUUGAGCUAGCACGAAUUAAUGAUCUAGAGAUCACUUUUCCUGCUCGGUUAAAGAAGGUGGUGAUGGCCAUAUUCUACAAAAGGGAACAAAUUCUUGAAAGGGAAGAACUUGUGGACAAGUAUCAUCAUCCUCCAUUAAUAUCAUAUAUUGAAGCAUUGCCUACUCUAUACCACUUUGAUCAAGAAGAUGUAGUUAAGCACUUGCAUACUGAUGGUUCAUUAUUCCAAUCCCCUCUGCUACCGCAAGUGCUUUCAUGGCUACUGGAAACAAAAACUGCUUGA